UGGAUCUUAUUAACGUCCCAGAAUGAGAGCUCAAUUCACGACUAGGCCAUGAGUUUCUUGAAGAGCCCGUCUCAGCCUGCUCACGAAAUCUCGGAGACCGUCUAUCCACCCUAUUACACGUGCGGGCCUGGAGGGGAGACUUUUUACGUGUGGCCUGCUUUCUCCACGGACGGUUCGGAUAUCAGCUCCCCCCUCGUAAGUUCUCCCGACACUCGGACGACUACACGACCGGAGCGGGUCGAGCCAGUCCGUUGCGUCAAAAGAAGAGUGACGGCUAACAGAAAAGAGCGCCGACGAACAUUGUCUAUUAACAAUGCUUUUUCUGAAUUGAGGGGUUGCAUCCCUUAUGUUCCUCCCGACACUAAAUUGUCCAAAAUCAAAAUUUUACGAUUAGCUACUAGUUACAUAGCAUAUUUAAUGGAUGUCUUGGCAGAAGAUGAAUCCGGUAAAACUCCGGGAGCAUUCCGGGCCGAAAUCACCAAAUCAUCCGACAUCUCCAACACUAAAAAAAGAGAACUCGGAAUGCCAUCCCACUUAGUUGAUAGCACAAGAAAUCGGAAAGCCAGUGGAAGAACAGGAUGGCCUCAACACGUGUGGGCACUGGAACUGAAACACGAAAAUCCCACUUAGUCCCUUUAGAGAGCAGUUAUUGGAUUUCCAAGAUUUUAGUUGUGAUCGACAUAGUUGUGAAACAGACUGACUGUACGCGAAUAAAAUCAAAAUGCUCAGUUGAGCUCUAAACAUAUACAUGUUGAGUAGGAGUUUCAACGUUCCACUGUGACUUAAAGUUUUAUGGCAAGGAAAAUCUCAAACGUUGUCUUAGGAGCCCGAGUCAGCACUAUUACAUUUUUAAGAAAAGGUUCAUUUGGCUUGUAAAAUAUCAAACCACAAAGCAUAAUAUACGCUCUUUCUCAUGCUUUUCUAAAACAUUUUUUUAAAUAAUUAAUUGGUAAGACAUAAAGUCUUUCAAAGAGAGAUAUGAGUACUCUGUAUGGGAUGAAUUUGAUACGCAUGGUAUAAAAAUAAAUGUACUUUUUUCUUAGAACACCUUGGUUUACCGAGCAUGAUCUAUUACCACACAUAAAAUAAUUUCAUAUUUUUGAUCUCACGCCUAAGAAUGAACCAGCUACGGAAUAGUUUCGGAAAGUCGACCAGUAUUAAUACCAUAUUACUUCAAAUUCAAGCCGCAGUAGGACUUCAAAAUUAAAAAAAAUAAUAAUAAAUUAUCUGCCUUGAAAUUUAAACGCCCAGUAGGAUUUUAAAAACUGCGAAAAUGAAAAAAUAGUAAGAAUAGUAAAAUAAAAGAAAAUAAAGUAAAAUAAUAGAAAAAUAGUAAGAAAAUAGUAAAAUUUACAAUAGUAGUGAAAAAUACCCAUUUUUAAAAUCAUUUUCAUUUUUAAGCCUCAAUUAUUUAUCACCUAAUCGUUGGGUAGUGGGAGAUCAGCAGAUAUAUGUUGUUAAAAUAUUCACUUUGAAUUAAAGCUGCGCCUUUUUUAAGUAUUAAAAAUAUAAAUAAAAUAUUCUGCUUAAAUUUGAAAUAGUACGUUAUAUAAAUACGCUAAUACUGGAGUUUUUAACAAAUAACUUUUAACAAUAUUACGUGUGAAAUGUUUGAGCUUCAGGUGAAACUUAUGCAAACGUGUUGUUGAUAAGUAUGGCAGCUACAGAGUAGACAUAAGCGUAUUUUUCAUCAAACGCAUACAUAUUUUAUAAUGUUUGUAUGCAUACAUAUAUACCUAAAAGCAAUGUGAAGAAACAUGCGACUUUUUAGGCAUGUACGGUUUUAUCAGGAUACAAUUUUUAUAGCAGUUUAUAUAAAAAUCUGCCUUAAGGCUACCUCAGUCUUUGAUCUUCCUAUUAAUAUAUAGAAUAUUUUUAAGUAAUAGGGAUUUAUCUUAUAUCUGAAUUCAAAAUUAAUAUUCAUGCUCAGAAAUUUAAUGUAAAUUUCCUGAUUCAUAAAUUCAGUGCCUUGUCUGACGUUUCAAUUUUUAUGCUCAUUAGAUGAGGCCUUUCUGAUAGUAAAACUUAUGCAAGCAAUGAUUCACACAAACAGGCUUUUACGAACUGGAUUUUGUGAUUAAUCAGUUAACAGAACGUUUUUGCCUGAGGAAGCAACAGGUUAUUAUUAUACUAGUUGAUCAUAAUACGAUUACCGUAUUUACUCACGUAUUUUCCCUUUUCUUAUUAAUUUUGUUGUCUGAAAAUCAUGAGGAGAAAAUUAUGAGAAUAAUUUAAUUUCCAAAGGAGGCAGUUAACAUAACAUUUGAAAAGCAUUCAUGGAUAAACUGCAGAUAGUUGUCAAAAUGGUAAUUAUUUAAGAGAAACCUAUAUGCCAAUAAGAUUAAAUUGUAAUAUUAACAUUACAAUAUCUACUAAGCUAUUUCUUCCGUGAAUUCUGAAUCUAGCCUCUCUCUUAUUGUUGUCCACUGCUACUCCCUAAGCUUUCAGUCAUUUUAUGCUGCUGGAUUUGCUGUUUGUGUCGUCUUCUACAGCUUGAGAGUCGAUGCAAUCUUCCUGUGCCCAGUCACCAUUCAAUCUGUCUUGUCUCGUGCAAUGAACCAUCAAGAGCAUCUGAUAUCCCUUUUUUCCUUUCAGCAUUUGAUUAUUGCUUCAUCAGAGUCCAUGCACUCAAAAUCCAUGAGCAAAUCGGUUAGAAGGAUUGGUAAGAGUAACUACGUGGAGAAUAUAUUUGAAGAUUUAGGAUAGCUCGCUUUCUGAACGCCUUGAAGAAGUUGAAAAUUACACUAAUAUUUAAAAAAAAAUUCAGAAUCUUUUUGCUACGCGAGUAAUAUACUUUUAUACAUUAAAAUUGUUUGUGUCUUACCAUUUGUGAUUUCAUUUGAACGUAAGUGCAAUGACCAAAGCUAAUGCCAAAGUGUAUUUAUAUUUUAUUAGCAAACGUAAUAUUAUAGCUUUGUUAUGUAUAUUUUUUGACGAAAGGCCAAAGAUUUUAGAUUCUGCUCAUUUUGUAAAUAAAUUGUAUCUGAAAUAUAUUGUUGUGUUUUCAGUCAAUAAAUUAUAUGUCAAAAAUAA